AUGGAGGAAAUUAUAAAUGAAGUUAAUUAUAUGGAGUAGUUAUAUCAGGUAAUUGGGACUGACUCUCAAUUCUUGCAAUUUAUCAUGAUGCCAAGUCAGCAGAUAAUCACCAGCGAAAGCAGUAUCUAGUAUAUGAGUGAAAAACUGUAAAUAAGAUCUAAAUAUACUAUGAGAGAAAGACUAAAAUAAGUGUUUACUGGGUAGAGAAAACUUGAUUUCAUUGUGGAAAACGUAGCUAACUCUGUUGAGUACAUUGGACUCACUUAGAAUUCUGGAAGGAUUAUAGUAAUUGAACCACAAAUUAUGGAGUAAAUAUCAGUCUUGGAGUAAUACGUGUUGGCUCACACUAGUAACAUAGACUUAGUAAUCAAUAAAAGUUAUCAGGGGAGGAAUAUACUCGGACGCUCCAAACAAUACUUUAAAUUGAUUACUAAACAUCAGUUACCUUUCCUAUUUGAACAUUUCUUAUAAGAUGAGACUGACAACAUUAAACCACUGGCUAACCAAUAUAAAGAAGUCGAAAAAUAAGCCAAAGAGCUUGUCUUCCUUCAUGUAAAUGAAAAGAGUCUGGGAGUUGGUGAAAAAAUUGUGAUACAUAAACAAUGCGUGAUUGGUUUCUAGGAGAGUAUAAAGUUUAGCUAGUCUAAUGAUAAUAUAUACAACUCAGGAAACUUCGUGCUAGUUGAAGGUCCUGGCCUAGUUUACAUUGAGACUGCUAUUAUUGAUGACAGCUUUAUUGUUAGAAAUUUAUCCAAAAGGGAAGCUACUAGAUGA